AUGAUACGCAAACUUGAAGAACUAACGACAACAUUGGCAAAAAAACUAGGAGAGUCAUUGAGAAACCGCAUAGCUGAGCGUCGAACUUGCUUGACUUCAGUAUUGAUAUAUUUGAGAGAUUAUGUCAAAUAUGAGGAAGAUUUGGAAGACUAUGCGCGAGACGAAACGUUCAAAAUGUCACAGAAAGUUAGUAUCCGAAAAGAAAUUAAAAAACUUAUAAAGAGAUUGCACUGUAAGACGCAAUACUACUAUCAUACACAAGAAAGCUCAUAUGUUACAGAGCCACUUCCUUCAACAUCAGCAGCUGCUUGUAAUGAUGUUGUACUUGGCGAAAGCGAAGGCGCUAAUGAUGAUGUGCCCCUUUCUGUUCUGUCCACGGCUGGAAAAAGUAUUUCCCUUCAAGAGGAGCUACUAGAAUCGUUGACAGCAUUGAAAAAGCCCAAUCGUUCAACAAAUUCUGCAAAUUCAUUGGAGAUACUCAUUAAAAAAGAGAUGAAUUUGUAUGAAGCUGGAGGGGUUAAAGAUGAAACCCUAGAUAUGCUGUGUUUUUUGAGAAGCCACUUUCAAAAAUAA